CCCUGGGGCUUGCGGAUGGCAGGAGUGGGCCGCUGGGGAGAAGGUAGUGCUGACAGGAAGUGGCAUUUUCUCCUGCAGCAGAUGGCUGAGGACAAGGCCUCUGUGAAAGCCCAGGUGACAUCCUUGCUCGGGGAGCUGCAGGAGAGCCAGAGUCGCUUGGAGGCUGCCACUAAGGAAUGCCAGACUCUGGAGGGUCGGGCCCGGGCGGCCAGCGAGCAGGCACGGCAGCUGGAGAGUGAGCGCGAGGCACUGCAGCAGCAGCACAGCGUGCAGGUGGACCAGCUACGCAUGCAGGGCCAGAGCGUGGAGGCCGCACUCCGCAUGGAGCGCCAGGCUGCCUCGGAGGAGAAGCGGAAGCUGGCCCAGUUGCAGGUGGCCUAUCACCAGCUCUUCCAAGAAUACGACAACCACAUCAAGAGCAGCCUGGUGGGCAGCGAGCGGAAGCGAGGAAUGCAGCUGGAAGAUCUCAAGCAGCAGCUCCAGCAGGCCGAGGAGGCCCUGGUGGCCAAACAGGAGGUGAUCGAUAAGCUGAAGGAGGAUGCCGAGCAGCACAAGAUUGUGAUGGAGACCGUUCCGGUGCUGAAGGCGCAGGUGAGGGCCCUCCUCU